UUACAGACAGCCGUAAAAAAAAAAAAAUAAAUUUCCAAAUGUCAGCUGCUUCAACCACAAACGUGUGAGGUAUUUUUAGAUUAAAAUAUGAGUUCGUGUAGGGAGCACGUACAGAGUAAACCAGACGAAUCUUUUAGUAAAAAUCAUUCGUUUUGGACGCAGAUUUUGUGAAGUAUUCUGUGGAUGUUGUUGUGAUUGGAUGAAACUGAGGACCAAAAAGUUGUCAUCGGGUCAUAUCUGGUGUAAAACGGCUCAUUACACAGUCACAGUGUGGUGUGACAUGGCAUCUGCAAGCAGUGUCGUAAUGUGACAAGUCAAACAUGGACGAAGAAGAAGAUCUGGAGACACUUGGUGAGAAACUAUACAGUCUGAUUUACCCCAAACACAAAGAAACUGCUGGAAAACUCACAGGUAUGUUGCUGGAGCUGCCGGCUGCUGUCCUGAGUCAGAUGUUGCAGGAUGAAGCUACACUUACUGCUGCUGUGGAAAAAGCCCUCAGAGCUCUGCAGCUGUCACAGGAUCCCAGCAAGGGAACAUGUAAGGACGAGGAUGACGUGUCUGUGUCCUCUGACUCUCUGGGGGAGCAGCUGUUUGAGCUGGUGGAUGUUUACAACACGGGUCACUCACAGAAAAUCACAGGAAUGCUUCUGGAGCAGCACAAAGAGGUCGUGUUAAACCUUCUUUCAGAUCCAAAACUGUUGGAAGAGCAGGUGAACUUUGCCCUGAAAACGCUCAAGCAGCAGGACAUGGAGGAAACAGACGUAAGUGACACGUCGGACGCUGACGACACAGAGAGGAUAGGAGAGAAAAUCUUCUCACUGGUGGAGGAGCUGGAUCCACUUCAUGCAAACGAUAUUACAGGUAUGCUGCUGGAGAUGGAGCCGGCUGCUCUCCAACAGCUGCUCAGUGACCACGGCAUGCUGGAGCUCGCUGUUCAGAAAGCACAAGCAGCACUGGACGCUCAGAAUCGAACUCUGUCGACAUGAAACGAGGAGGACAACAUCAUUUUACACAGAAAUAAGACAUUGUACGACUGAUGAACUUGAAUGAUACAAUGCUGGGAAGAGCUGGCACAUCUCUCCGGGAGAUCAUAAUAAUACAAGUUACCUAUAGAAGCAGCUGUCUUCGUUUUUAUGAAUUGUUGAGCGGACUUUGGAGAGUCGACGCUUGCUUGGACUUACUGUCAAUAAUUGAAACGUCUAGUGAGUCGCCUCUUAGUUAAAAUGAGGUCGAUAUUGCCCCUUUUUAAUAUCGUGCUGACUUUGCUAGUACGUCUUUGUCAGAUAUAUGGGCUGAACACAAGUGCCAGUAUCAUAUGAAACAUCAGUAUUGCAUAGCUGUAAACAAAGUGUUUAUCUAAUAUAAGUGUUGCCAACAGUCGAGCUAUGACAAUUUAUUAAUUUUGAUUUUGUACUGUACAUAAUGAUGUAACUGUGAGUCGUCUUUGCUAACAGAAAUACAGCAGAUUAUUUAAAAACUCAGGAAGCUCCAUCUUUUUAGCAAUAUGUGUGACAUGGCUCUAUGGAUGUCAGUAUUGCUCUAAUGGUCCACCACUUUGUGUUUUUUUUUAAAUGCCACAUGAAAUGAAAAUUAGGACAAAUUAUACAAU